AUGGAUCCUCGAGGGUCCCGGUUCCUGGACCCAUCGUCUGCCAUGGCAGCGAUUACCAGACAUAAAGCGGAAGCAAUCAAGCUAGCGCGAGAGCAAGGAACAGCUGUGAAAGAGAUGUGUCGCCGUGCAAAGACGGAUGUACCACCAUAUGAGUUUGAAGAAUUGAUUGGCAAGGGUGCUUAUGGACGAGUUUACAAAGGCCGGGAGAUACAUUCCGGUCGACUUGUGGCUAUCAAGGUUCUCGACAUCGACUCACUUGACUACAAGUCAUUACGUGAUUUCAGGGAUGAGUCCAUCAAGGACUUCAUUCAUGAAACCAAGGUCAUGAAACAAGUCAAGGACUCGGGAGCGAAGAACAUUAAUGAACUUAUUGAAGCAAUUUCUAUUCACUCCCAACUGUGGUUGGUCUGUGAAUAUUGUCCGGGUGGAAGUGUACGAACAUUGAUGCGAGCGACGAAUGAUAAACUUGAUGAGAAGUACAUCAUUCCUAUUGCGCGCGAGCUUGCAGUGGGCUUGCAUGCGAUUCAUGAGGCCGGUAUCAUUCAUCGUGAUGUCAAAGCUGCAAAUAUUCUCAUUCACGAAGAAGGUCGACUGGAGAUUUGCGACUUUGGUGUAGCAGGUGUUCUUCAGUCACAGCGCGAUAAGAGAUCCACGUGGAUCGGAACACCUCACUGGAUGCCACCUGAGAUGUUUGCAACUCGUGGGGAAGCCCACAAAUAUGGUAGCGAAAUCGAUGUGUGGGCGUAUGGAUGUACACUGUUUGAAUUCGCUACGGGUAACCCACCCAACUCAGGGCUACGUGAACGCAUGCAAAUUGGACGGCAACUCAACCGUAAUACCCCCAAGCUUGAUAGCGAGAACUACAGCGAGGGUCUCAAAGACCUGAUUGCAUUCGCAUUGGACUCCAAUCCGGCUAGUCGUCCUACAAUGGCAGACAUUCUGGCCCAUCCUUACAUUUCCGGAACCGACGAAGAAUAUCCCACUUCAUCAGUUAGCGAGCUUGUGAGAAACUAUUACCAGUGGUCACAACGAGGUGGCCAGCGAAUUUCCCUAUUUCACCCGGGAGGCGCUGCAGCCGCCGAACUUCCAGGCACCGAGGAGUCCGAGGACGAUUGGAACUUCAGCACCACGGAUGGCUUUGAGCGACGGUUUUCGGUUAUUGACCUCGACCAAAUAGCUGCCUCGCUAGCUGAGAUGGACGAAGCGAUCAGCCCGACCACAACGCUUCCGGACCAUGAUUCUAAUGAAGAUGCCUCUGAUAUCGAUAUGGACCCCGAACAGAAAGCGAAUUUCGAUGAGCGGGUGCGACGAGGUGCAGCGGCAAUGGAGGGUCUCUUUGACGAAGAGAAGCCGAGCUACAAGUACGAGACAAAGAACGACUUCGUUCCUAUCCAGCCACCUCAGCCGGCAUCAGAUCUACCUCUGCGCACAGAGACCGAUCGCUCUUCCGUGACAUCAACGUUCAUAGACAUCGAUAUCGGGUCUUUUGAUUCUUCACAUUACGCAGCUGGCGCACCGUCUGCACAACCGUUCCAGUUGGCCAAUGCGGACACCAUUCGUGCAAAUCGGUCAAGUCUCAGAAUCCAUCGCAACUCAAAUGAAAAUAGUUCACAGUCGUCCAACAGCGAUAUGGAAGGCGGCGACUCCCAAGAUGAGAGCUUCCAGCCUGCUUCCGGUCCACGGCCUCCUACUAUGGACUGGAAGUUCCCAGGCUUUAUGCUACCAGAAGAAGAGCCUGCGAAAGAAGCACCGGCGGAGGAAGCACCUGCACCUGCACCGGAGCCGGAGCCUAUGGAUGAGAAAUCUUUCCAAGCUGAGAAGCGGGCCACGAUGGAGUGGACAUUCCCAGUUAUGUCGAACCAACCAGAUGAUACGUGUGCCAAUGAUGAACCUGAACGCCAUGAUACUCUCCGAGCGCCUAUCGUCCCUCCCCAGCAACAACCAGCCGAAGAGCCGGUUAUCUCUCGCCCAUCUACCUCAGCCUCUCAUACAUCUACGAUGUCAGAUUCAGAUUACGACCCAUUCCGUUUUGAUCGCCCGGCCACUCCUCCAGGCAUUUCACCACAACCUAUGAGCUCGUUCAACUCCGAAUUCCCAACACUGACCGAAUCAACGGAUGAUGAAUCGGAAUCCGCUGGGGUACUCGAUGGACCCGGUCCUGAUGAAGAGGAGGAACACCCAUUGUGGAAUGAGCAUAAUGAUGUAGUGUCUGAAGACGAUGUACCUCCUCUCCCUACAGCCAUCCCUGUCCAUGGGAGCCCCGGGGGUACUGCACACUCGGUCUCCGAGCCAGGUUCUCCUAUCUAUGAGGAGCCUUUGCAGACUGCUCGUCGAGAUGUCAUGUCAGAAGCCAAUACCCUACGGGAGACUGAGCGAGGUGCUAUCUCAUUCCCGGCUGUUCUUCCACCCAGCAUGGAGAGUCUGAUGGAGGGAGCUGACGAUGCUACCAUCACAGCAGAGCUGGAUCGUCUGUUGGGUGACUUCUUAGGUGCCCUUUCUGCGACUGGGGAGGCACUUGCAAGAAUUAUUCCUGAAAAUCACGGGACAGAUGAUUCUGCUCAUGUUGUUGAAAAGGUUCAAUAG